CAUGACUAUUAUUUAAAGAUUUUAAAUUACGACAUAUUUUUUAAUUAUUUACACUAUGAUAAUUCUAUUACCCGUGCGGGAGCACGGGUCUCUUACUAGUUGAUUGAAUAUAAGUUCCUAUUUAGUUUAUUAUUCAUCCUAUUUUUCAUCGCCAUUGCUUCUUCGAGCUACCUAACCCAACAAGCAACUAAUCUAUCCUUUUGUACCAAAUCUACAAAUAAACCUACCAAAAUGCACUCUCACUUUCCACAACUAACUUAAACUCCAAUACAAUGACGCUUCUCCUCCCACAAUCUCUCUUCUUCACCGCACCCACCAUUCCUCCCGCCACAUACUUCCAAACUCCGAUCCGACUUCAGACCUUCGGCUCCUUCACGAUCCGAUGUACCAACCAGUUUCAUCUCCAACUCCGCCAACCCGAAUGCGACAUCCAGAAACGCGUGGUCAGCAGUGAUCUCAACUUCGACUCUAUCCUUUCAGCGGUGGAGCUUUCCUGCCUGGUUUCGUCAGCGAUUUUUUCUGCUGCUCUGACGGUAAAUGGAUCGAAGAAUUGGUUGAUGAAGGUGAGUGGUAACAGAGUGAAUGCUGUGUGGGGGAUUUUGAUAUUGGUCGGUGGUGUUGCGGCUGGGGUGUUGCUUCGGAGGCGGCAAUGGAAGAGUAUGGAAGGUGGAUUGAUGGAGAGGGUUGAGAAAUUGGAGGAUGAUUUGAGGAAGACGGUGAGAGUUAUUAGGAUAUUGUCCAGACAUGUUGAGAAAUUGGGGAAUAGGUUUGGGUUUACUAAGGAACCCAUCACUCAGUCUGCAGAUCUAGCACAGAAGAACUCUGAGGCCACAAGAGCUGUAGCGGUAAAAUAUGAAAUUUUGGAGAAAGAGAUUCAUGAAAUUCAAAAAGUUUUACUAGCGUUACAGGAACAACAACAAAAACAAUUUGAUCUGAUUCUCUCGCUUAAGCCGUGGGAAAGCACACGCAAAACUCCCAAAGAGCAAGAUAUAUUACAAACUACUAACUCAGCUGAGAAUGAGGUGAAGACCGCCAAAUCUGAAUUAAGAGAAGAUAAUUUAUGAAAAUUUGAAGGGGCAAGUCUUGGUACCUUAUUCUUCCGUUCUUUAUGUACACAUUGAAUUGUUGAUUACUCGUUUAUAGGUUAGGAGACAGUACACUAUCGGAAACAAUUAGCCAGGAUAGUAUCAAUUGGUUCUUUUUAUUACUUGGGCAUGUACUUUUUAUUCAUGUUUUGUAUAUUUCAUCCUCAAAAUUCAUAAUGCUCAUGUUGUGGCUGACUCCGUUAAUGUCA